AUGACAGAAAAUGACAAUAAAUUGAAAUUAACUUUGCUUAGUCAUUAUGAUAUAUGGGAAAGGAAAUAUGAUAAGCGAGAAAUGCUUGCAGUAGUGAAAGAAACAAGUCUAUAUUUGUUACCUGGGCAAUCAAAAGCAUUCAUUUUAAUUAUAGAAGCCAAGAAGAUGUUGCAAGAUGUUAAAAGGCUGGGAAUUCAAAGGCAUUCCGGGUUGGGCAAUAAUUUCGCAUACCAAAUUUAUUUGUCUCGCCUCGGGGGUAAAGUAUACCAAUACCACAGACCGGUGCAACAGUUCUCGGAACUUCGAAAUCAACGGUUUAUCGAACAAGAUUUUGAAAAUGGUCUAUCAAACAAGAAUUUGAAAACGAAUGGCCUAUCAACAAGAAAUUAA